GUUUGCUGUUUCUAUGCUUGUGAAAAUAGUUCCUGCAACUCUUUCAGAGGUUUAUAUUGCUAGUGAAAGUGAAAGUAAAAAUGACCUCUACAUUUGGUGUGACAGCAGGAAAAGCAAACACUGUUUUGUAAAGAUUAUUAUAUGAUAUAUAUUAUAUAAAAAUUAGUGGUGGGCCGUUAACGGCGUUAACUGCGUUAACGCAGUGAGACUAUUAUCGCGCGUUAAAAAAAUUGUCGCCGUUAAUCUAUUCUCAAAGUUGGGUUGGGAGCUGGGUCUAUACUACGCAAGCUAUGAUGACUUUCACCUUGAUAUUUUAGCGCGGAUGUAUACCAGCUUAACUGCACUGUACGGAGCGAGAACGAGAUUUUUCAACUCGCGUGAUUCGCGUCAUUCGCGGAAGCGGAAGCAGAAGCCGCCUCAUCAUAACCAGGGCUUCAUUCGCGCGAUUCGCGCAGCAAGUAGGUCUAUUGGCUCUUUGCAUUAACAUAUAAAUCACUCGCGCUUGACACGCCAUUCGCGUUUGGUCUGAACACAACAUAACGUUACUGUGAAAUUACCGCAUCAAACGUGACGUGCUAACAUGGAUGCAGCUAUGAAGCCGCCGGGUUUGCUUCAGGGAAUAUUAAUUUAAAAAAAAGCUUCCCAAUGGAAACAUCGACAAGACUAAGGUUGUUUGCACCUUGUGCAAUGCGGAAUUGGUUUAAAAAAAACACUUUCUCUCAACAGGUAGUGGUCUAGCUUUAGUUAAAAUCAGUAACUUUGUAUUGAGAUCUAAUGUAUUAUGGCUCCUGUAUGACAUAUCGCUUGUUGCUCCCUCACUCUUUGUAAGUCGCUUUGGAUAAAAGCGUCUGCUAAAUGACUAAAUGUAAAUGUACUGUAGGAGCUCUUCCAGUCUCAAGUACCACCUAAACGCAAAGAAUCCCUUAGCUAAUGCGGAAGUAAACACAAGUUCAUUUUCCAUCCAUCCAUUUUCUACCGUUUAUCCGAACUACCUCGGGUCACGGGGAGACUGCGCCUAUCUCAGGAGUCACAAGUUCAUUUUAUUGAACAUAAUUUAAUUUUCAUCACCAAUUAUCAUAGUAGAACAGCUUUCUCAAGCAGUUUGUGAUGCAUUUUGGAAACAGGAGAUGAGCCCCUGGUCUAAUGCGCCACCUGGCUUUAGACACCCGUUCUCAAAGACUUACUUUUAGUCAUUAUUUGGGUAGCACACAUUCUGAAUGCCUUCGGCAGAAUUCAAAUGAGCCAUUUUAAUCUAGAUUAAUCUAGAUUAAUCUUGGAAUUAAUCUAGAUUAAUCUAGAUUAAAAAAAUUAAUCUAUGCCCACCACUAAUAAAAAUCACAUGUAUGUUUGCAUAUAGGAUAUAUUAAUGUUUCAUGAGACCAUUUUGUGGCAGUUACAAGUUUCUACAUUCUUCAGCUCAGACAGGAGAUUUUGGGAAGGAAACAAGGGGAGAAAAUGGCAGCUGCAAGUAGCAAUGAGUUUCAUCUUAUUGUCCCUCAGAAUGUUCUGGUUAAACUGGGGUCUGAUGUCACAGUACCAUGUCACCUGUCACCUGAAAUAAGUGCUUUUGACAUGGAGAUCAGAUGGUUUAAAGAGAAAGACUGUGUGAUUCUCUAUAAGAACGGACAGGUGACAGAGUUGAGGAGCUAUGAGGGCAGAGUGAAUCUUGUAAUUCAUGAACUAGAGAGAGGAAAUGUGUCCUUAAUACUGAGAGACUUCAGAGAGUCAGAUGCGGGAGUUUACCUGUGUCAGGUCAUCAGUCAAGACAUAACAGUGGAGGAGACAGUACAAGUUAAUCAAUCAAGGGAAGAUGCUGAAGUCCAACCUGCAUCACCAUUUCAAAACAAAAAAGUGCAGCUGAAACCACAUGAGCGUCGCCAUGGAGACAGGGGAAAUCAACGAGACGCACCUGCAGGUCGUUCAAAGCACAAUCCUAACAGCUAUAAAAGCUGUUGGUAUUCUGAGGGAAGGUGA